AUGACGACACGUAGGAGGGCAAGAGGGUUUGCGAAAGCCGGUAAUCUGUAUAUAGGACAUAAUCGUAGACGAGGUACGGUUGUCGCCUACGGCGCAUGUGCCGGUAUGCUUGGUGUAGCUGCCAUGACGGCUAGGGAGAAGGUAGAGCAGUUCUUUACUGGACGACUAAGCUCCGAGGUGCCGGGCAAGACACUGGCGCGGCUGAUUAGUGCUGAGCCGCAGACCAAGGAGGAGCUUUGGGUUCUCAACAUGGCGAUGCACUAUGGCCAAGGCGCAGUGGCAGCUGUGAUCCGAGGGGUGGCGAGCUUCUACGGCCUUCGCGGCCCGUUCACAGACUUUAUAUUCAUUGGCGUGCGGCUUAUAAUCGACCAGACGCUAGAGAACUGGACAGGAGUAGGGGCUCCUCCUUGGUAUCCUGUUGGAGAGCAGGUGAUCGACUUGCUUUACAAAGCUGUAUACGCGUUUGUGACAGGUUACCUAAUAGACUGCUAG